AAAUACUUGGAAUAUAGCUGUACCUGUAAUGAAUCUAAAUGAUAAUUUUACCUUCUUGAAUAAUUUCUUUUCUACGGAUAUGUGCAUAUAUAAGGCGAAAAAACUUGUAGUAAAAGGGCGCUUGUGCUGCAGUUGGACUUCCAGUGACUGCUGCCAUGUGGGAAAUGAGUGAACUCUCUGACCCCGCACGUGUCUGCCCGCCACCUGACGUCACACUGUUCCAAGCAGGAGCGCAAAGCACUGGGAAGCGCUCGCACCAGGCUUUGCGCCAUACGGCCGCUGCGCGACCUUCGCAUCCCGUCUCUUAAACAUCAACCCGGACAGUGGAAGGAAAAUGUGCCUGAACGUGAACUUCCUCUUGUCCCUCCGUUUAAAAACAGUACCAUGUCCCUUUAAAAGCGUCUGACAAAAAGCCCAUAUGAUCCCCGAGCUCCAAUCACCAAUUCCUUCUGCAAAAGCAGUCUCUGCAUUUUUGUCUGUCUGAACGCCACAGCUACACUCUUGAGGGGGGAAAGAGACAGAGGAAAGGGCAAAAAAGAAAAAACUGCAGAAAUGUGACAGUCCAACGAUCGUUUUCAUGGCGAGGGGGAAACCGCAGCGAAAGGAGUUAUUCUGGGACUCCUUGGAGCCUCGAGGUGCUGGAUCAAAAUGCUCAUAGUGGAGAAGACCACAGACUUCCCCUCUGCUGAGUUCUCUCUGGUGGAGGAUGUGGCUCUGCACUUCACCUGUUUGAUGGACAGGCUGAAUGAGCAGCGCCUCUUCCAGCCUGACCUCUGUGACGUGGACAUCGUGUUGGUGCGCCAGCGCAGCACCUUUCCUGCACACAAGGGAGUACUGGCAGCCUACAGCCCCUUCUUCCACUCUCUUUUCGCCCAAAGCAAACAGCUGCGGCGCGUGGAUCUGUCCCUAGAUGCCCUGACCUCUCAGGGCCUCCAGCAGAUCCUCAACUUCAUUUACACCUCCAAGCUGCUGGUGAGCAGCAGCACCGUCCGUGAUGUGUUGAACGCUGCCACCGUGCUUCAGAUGAGCGACAUCGCGGCGUCCUGUCGAGAUCUCCUCAGCAGCCACUCGCUGAGAGCCACCUGCAGAGAGAUGGCCAAUCAGGAAGGGUUCGACCCAGCUGAGAUGCCUCCCUGCCAGCUGUACCGGGAGAUCAAGCAGGAGUCUGAGCUUGGCAGGGUCUACACGAGAGAAGGCAGCAGCCCGUUCUCUAUCAGAGUGGAGGAGGUGGGAAAGAUGGCUGCCCAGACAAAGCAGUACUACCAGAAAGAGGAGGGUCCAGGAGGCGGGGCCAGCACGGGUGUGGCCACUCUCUGUAAAGUGGAGGGCGGCGGAGAGGAGUCAAAACCAGCGGAUGGUCACACCUCCUUCAACAGAGAUCAGAUCAUUGUUGAAGUCAACCUCAACAACCAGACCCUGAACGUCUCAAAGGGAUCCGAUGGAAAAUCUUCCACAAUCACAGAACCCAUGUUUGGCCGUUGUCAUGAAAACGAGAGAGACUCUCAGGGAGAUGAGGACGAUGAGAUUGAGAAUGGUGACGGACAUGACGAGCAGGGCGAUGAAGAUCUAAAGAGGACAGACAUACUGGGGCAUACCAGUGGAGAGGAAGAUGAGGAGGACGAGGAGGAGGAGGAGGAGGAAGAGGAGAACACCCUAAACAUUCCUGGACUGGAGCAGCCCACCGUAAUGGAUCGACCUCGCCGGGGAACCAGAGCCUUAUGCAUGGUGGGCGCCACUGCUAUGCGUCAGACGCUUGCAGAGGCCACCCUCACCAAUCAGCGACAGGGCGGGAAGAAGGCUCUGGAUUCAGAGGGCCUGGGUCUGAAGGUCAGGCUGGAGGAGAAGCAACACUUCCCGUGUAAAAAAUGCCCUCGCAUCUUCAACAACCGCUGGUACCUGGAGAAGCACAUGAACGUCACGCACAACCGCAUGCAGAUCUGCAACAACUGUGGGAAGCGCUUCCUGUUGGAGAGUGAGCUGCUUCUGCACCAACAGACGGACUGUGAGCGGAGCAUCCAGUGUGUGACCUGUGGAAAGGCUUUCAAGAAGCUGUGGUCGCUGCACGAGCACAACAAGAUUGUCCACGGCUACGCAGAGAAGAAGUUCUCAUGUGAGAUCUGCGAGAAGAAAUUUUACACCAUGGCUCAUGUCAGGAAGCACAUGGUCGCCCAUACGAAGGACAUGCCGUUUACCUGUGAAACGUGUGGAAAGUCGUUCAAGCGGAGCAUGUCCCUGAAGGUCCACUCUUUGCAGCACUCAGGAGAGAAACCCUUCAAGUGUGAGAGCUGCAACGAGCGCUUCCAGUACAAAUACCAGCUGCGUUCACACAUGAGCAUCCACAUCGGACACAAGCAGUUCAUGUGUCAGUGGUGCGGAAAGGACUUCAACAUGAAGCAAUACUUUGACGAGCAUAUGAAGACGCACACUGGAGAGAAGCCGUACAUCUGUGAGAUCUGUGGGAAGAGCUUCACGAGUCGGCCCAACAUGAAACGCCACCGCCGCACGCACACCGGAGAGAAGCCGUACCCCUGCGAGGUGUGUGGUCAGCGCUUCCGCUUCUCCAACAUGCUCAAGGCCCACAGGGAGAAGUGCUUUCACGUCACCAACCCUAUGGUGGUCCCAAACUGCGGUGACCCCCUCAGCCUCGACCUGCCCCUCGUCUCUCCUGCCGCGGACUCUUCCGGUCCAGCGCAGCUGGGAACGCCAGCCUCCGCCGCAACGCCCUCCGCCGCCUCCAGCCCACAGCUCCUCCACAGCACCCAGCUGUCUCUCUCCCUGCUGCACCCCAUGGGGGGGCUGGCAACUGCCUCACAUUUACCCCCACCUCCUCCCUUGUUCUCUGCUGGUAGGAUGAACUCCAACAACUAACAAAUUUCUGUAGCAUUUAAAGCACUUUGUUUGGCUUCUCCUUGUUUAAGAGCAGACUCACAGCGGGAGAUUGACAUUUACACAGAAGACAAAACUGAAAAAAAGGCUAGACAUAGACCUCGUAACAGACUCUUUCAUCUGCAUAAAUAAGAAAUAGUUAUUUUUUACUCAGCUGAAUACAGUAUAUAACCUCAAAGUCCUAUCCGACUUAUCCCAUAACUUUUACACCACACUUAUAAAUCCAGAGUUUUGCACAACAAAUAGAUUGUAACAUCCUUUACCAAAUAACUGUUACAUAUGCUCAUAAAGGAUGAGAGUAGUUCCAGUCUGACCCAGCAAUAACCAAACGCUCAUUUUGACUUUGAACAUGUACCUGUUUGUGACGUCACCAAUAACCAAACCUGUAGCUCCCUUGCUAUGGAUAAGUAAUGUAAUAUAGCGUUUAUAAUCGAUCCUGCACCUUACAUUUGCCUCCUGUGACAUUUAAUAUGUGCUCCUGUUUCUUUUUUUUUCCUGGUUGAGGUUGGGUGAUUCGUGGCUUUAGCUUCAAAAGAUAUUAGAGAGGCUACAAUGCGUGUAGUGGAGUGAGUGUGUGUUGUUUUUUUUUUGUCUGUGCUGGUGUGUCAGAGUGAUCUGUGAAGCAGAGACUGGAACUGAGAGUCUUCAGAACAACAAAUUCACACUUGAGCUUCCACAAAGUCAGCAGAUGAAGAUAUUCUCGACUCUUAUGUUUGGCUUCCAUUAACCAUCCCAACUCUCUUACAGGUCUGACUAUUUAUGUACCCUGUCUUGCAAAACCAUUCACUCCUGUUGAACUUUUUUUUUCACAUUUUGUGUUGCAACCACAAAUUUUAAUAUACGUUUUUCGUUUAUUUGAUACUCUUAACACAGAGUAAUGUGUAAGCCUGACGUAGAAGGAAAAUGAUGCAUGAUUUUCUUGGUUUUCUUACUCUUACAAAAAGUGCUUUUCCUUACUGAAAGCCUUGUUCAACCACCUCUCACUGUGGUUUCGGCUGAAAGUCUUUUGGAGUUUGCAUUCAUCAGCUUUACACCUCUAGAGAUGGUAAUUUGUUCAUUUUAUCUUUCCAAAAAAGCUCAAGUCACCUCAGUCAGAUUGGGAGGAGAGUGUCUGUAAACAGCAAUUUUUAAUAUUCUUAAUUUCAUUAGGCCUGGACUUUGGCUGUGCCAUUCUAAUACAUGUGUAAGCUUGGUGUAAGGUUCAUUUCUGCAGUUUUUGAACCCAGAAUUUCCAUUCCAAAAACAAAUUUGUUCAUAAAAUGAAUUAUGCACAGAACAGCAACUACAUUGCUUUAGUUGUUGAUUAACAACUUUUUCCUAUCUUACUAUAGAUUUUGGGGUAUCAUAAAAUGUUUUUAUGUGGGUCUAAAUAUGAUCAAAUGAAAGAAUUGGGAUGGAACAUCAAGUUUUGUCUGUGAAGUUUGUGGGUGUUGUUGCGGUCUUGGUCUAAACAAUGCAUGUGUGUUAGGAUCAAAGGUGUGGAUUUCACUGUUCUGCUGCAUCAGGAUAGCGUAUGUUACUUUUGCUGUGAUGUCACCCUAUCAGGGUUUUUUGUUGUUAUUUUUAAAGAUUUUGUUGGCUCUAGGGGGCUUUAUUUGAAAGUAGUUUGACAGGAAAGGGGGUAAAGACAUGCGGCAAAUGUUGCCAGGCCGGGAAUUGAACCUGCGACCACCGGCACAAGGACUGAGGCCUCAAUACAUAGGUUGUGCUUUGCCCCUGUGCCACCACAGCACCCCGUUAUUUUUGUUUUAAUCCUCUGAAGAAUCAGUUGUCCAGCUCGGGAUGAGUUGAAAGCUCUAAACAUAGCCCGAGAUUUUCCAAGUUAUUAAAUAUAUACAUAAAUAGGAUUAAUUUAAAUGUAGUAAAAUUUUAUUCUGCAAACAGUUGAAGCCGCUUCAAUCAUUCGGUAGGCUAAUAUGAUCGAAUCUUAUGAGUUUGUAUAGAAUGUCAGAAUGACACAGCAUGAGAUCAAUAAAAGUUAAUGUCAGAUAGUUGCUGCAUAAUUGUGUAUGUGCAGCAAUUUUGCAUAUGUGCAAUAUUAAUAUAUGGACUUUCAGAGUUGUGACACUUAAGCCCAGAAAUGUUUCAACACGUCCAAAAAAAUCCAGCGCAGCUUGGAUCAGAGAUCAAAUCCUGCAUGCUACAGUAUCAGAUGCUUAGACAAACAUGCUUUUUUCCAUCUGCAAUACCAGCUCCUCCUACCAUCAGUAAAAUGCAAACCUAUCUGGAGCUACAUAAAGGUGAGGUUAUAUGGAGCUUAGCCAAUUUUCACCUUUGCGUGAGCUUUCCAGCUGCUUUAGUUUGCAGGUUUGAGUGGCAUUAAGCAAAUCAUGAGACUGAAAGCUUUAAGUGGAAUAAGAAUUAACCCCAUAAAAUUUCAGUGUCGUAAUUGACAAGUGUCUGAGUUCAGUUAAUGCACUCCUACUCACUUUAUCUAUAUGCUGUAGUCUUAGUGUUGCUUCCCAUGUAUAUACUGUUCAGAUGUGGAUGUACAUGGUUUUUUAUUUUUUUAUGUUUACACAGAGAGAGCUGAAUGUGUUUUCAGGUUGGUACGACGGAAAGACAAUUUUUUUAAUGUUUUCUGCCUAUGUUUUUUUUUUUUUUUUUAUUCAGAAACAGUCCUUUUGGUAAAAUAUCACAUCAGCCCAAGAUUUGUGUCUUUCAUAAGCCAACAUGAGGAACAUAUUUGGACUAUAUUUAAAUAAUGGUACGUUUUUUAAAUCUGUUUUUAAUUUGUUUGUUUUUUGCAUUUUGAUUUGUUUAUUUUGUACAGGGUCUAGUCUAAGAUUGCCCCUAUAAAAUUAGAGCUUCCAUAUUGUAAUUUAACUCAAUUGUAUUCUGGCUAUCACAAGAUCCAGUUCAACCUUAGUGGACAAUUAGCUUGAAUUUUGCAAAAAAGCAAAACAACUAUUGGUUUAAAAGUUGAAAUAAACUUUGAAGAUAAUGAAAAAUGUAAAAAAGUAUUUUUCUUUCUUCUUAAAACUAAAUAUGUCAUUUAAAAUGUCUAUAUUAAGGUCAACUGUCAAGCAUCCAGUAGGAAAAUAAAUUGCAUAAGCUUUAAAAUUAUUUAAAGUUAUACAUCUAAAUAUGUACUGUCUUAUAAAAGUAUUCAUAGUCCAUGGGCCUAUAUUUAUUUGUCAUGUUACAACCACAAGCUUUUGCAUUUAAAUAGGAUUUUACUUUGGUAACAGAUCGACAUGUAAGCCAAAAAGUUAAAAUUCAGUCUCAACUGACUCAAGCACCUUGUUUUAUCUUCACUGCUUUCAUGGCAUGUGACAAUUUGAAAAACUGAACUGUUUAUGGCUUUCUUUCAGCAAUGUUUUUUUUUUUUUUUUAUCAGACUGGUGAAGUGCAUGACUAGUACUGUCAGUAGAUUCCUCAAACUGAGCUGUUGAUCUCUGCAAUUUCACCACAGCUACCAUGGGUGUCUUCUCUGAUUAAUACUUUAAUAUAAAUAAAGCUUUUCUGUGAUUAAGGUAAAAUUGGUUGAACUGGAUUUCAUCUAGAGGUUUCAGAAUAAAGGGGCCAGAUUGCAAAUACACACACCACACUAUGACAUAAAAUCCAAAUAAAGGUAUUGAAGUUUUUGGUUGUAACAAGACAAAAUGUGAAAAAUAUUUGGAGUUUAUACAAAUGCGGAGCAGCAUUGUGUGGCCUCUGACUGUUAAGUACUCUGUUGCUGUUUAUUACAUCACAAUCUGUCUGCAGAUUUUACUUAGAUCUUCUGAAAGUUGAGAAUAUGUUUCUGCUAUAGAAGCACUGUUGCAAGAGACAUUACUGACAUGCUGUUUGUGUAUUUGCCUUACAAAUGGUGAGAUUUCCACGUUUUUUGUAUUAAGCAUAGUUACUAUAGCUGACAGAUAAAUUGUGAUGAACACUACUGAUUUAUGCACUUUGAAUUCCUUUGCUAUGCUUGCCAACAAAGGGGGCAUGUAUGCAGACACGGGGUGAAAACAAGUUGCAGAAAUUUGUACUGAUGGAAAUACAUACAUCCUUUUCAGUUUUUUUUGUGUUUUUUUUUUAAAGUGUAGAUAAUUUUAAUUUCUAAAUGCACAAAGGAUAAAUUGACACAAAUGAGUAUUAAAGCCUCAAAAGUCACAGAAAAUUGUACGUUACUUGUUGGAGUGUUUCAGACAAGCUUAAGCCUAGUUUGUUAUUUGUGAUUUUGCCAUCCAACAAGGUAAAAAGUAAGAAAGAGUUCAGUUCAGUUAAGAUGAUUGGUUAGUUUAUUUUUCUUAUCAAUGAAAAAUAACCUGAUGUAAUUUACUUUAAGAUUAAAAAAAGCCUAAACAUGAGUUUAUUUUUAUGUAAGUUGCCUAAUUGAGUAAUGGGAAUUAUAUUAAUUCUAAUAGCACUUUAUUUUCUUCUGCAGCUCCAUAGAGUUUUAAAGUUGACAUAGUAGCACUUAUUCCACAUAAAAAAUCUGAUACAGUGUGUCUGUAUACCAAAUGAUUAUAGGAAAUAAGAAAAGUUCUUCUUGAAUUAAAUGUGUCCUUGGCAGGUUCCUUAGACACUGAAUUUUAACAAAACUGCAAUACUACAUCCUGCAAUACUUAUUUGGAAUGGGAUCAUGAAAUGAGAUCGGAGUAAUUAAAACCCUCUUGAAAUAAUAUAAAUCCAUCAAACUGCAUUCUAUCUUUCAUGUUGUAAGUGAAUGAUAUAAUGUGACAGCUGUUUUAUGGCCUUGUUGGAAAAUGUGUUGGAAAAAAUGUGGAGAAAGGCUAAAAUAUCUUUUAUAUAUAUAUUUUAAUCUCGUUCAGGACAGAGUGAACAAAUCAUAUUGCUGUUGACGACAACAUUUGUUGGUUAUUUUUAUUUCUUGUUAAUUUAAAAGGCUACUCUUCCCUAAAUGUAUUUAGGGAAGAGUAUCUGUUAAAAAUUGAAGUAAUCAUUUACACAAUUCUAUCUGUUCCUUAUUCUCUACUUGUAACCUAUACUAAAGAUAUCCAAAGUAUGAAGGAAAACGAAAUAUGUUUCAUAUUUAUAAGUUGUCACCUUUUGCUUUGAUGACAUUUUUUCACACUGCAAUUUCUCAGUUCAUUAAGUUCUCCUGAACUGGUUUCAAUCCACUAUAUCAGAAAUCACUCAACUAAGUAAAGAGAAACUAUUGUCCUUCGUUACUUGAAGACAUGAACUUCAUAAAAUGUGAAAAAUGUCAAGUAUUGUUACAAAGACCAUCAAACACUAAUGAAAUGUGUUCUGAAAAGGGAUCCCUGUGAGUAAUGGAAGACAAAUAGUUUAACCAAGGGUUGACUUCUAUAUGCAUGGUUCACACUGUAAACCAUUGUGGUGGAGGAAAAUACUGUGAUGUUUGGGGUGCUUUACUGGUGAUAUUGCUGGUAAUUUAUUUAAAAUUACCAGCAAAAGCACAGAUUUAUUAGAAUACCGUUCCAUCCCAUCUGGGUUCUGUUUAGUUGGACCAUUGCUAGCUUUUCAAAGAAAAGAAGAAAGACCCAAAGACCCCUUCAGCCAAUACAAGGGCUAUUCGGGGUUCCUAUGCAGUCUAAAAAGUACAGAAUUGGAUUCCAAUAUUUGGCAAAAAGCUAAUAUGGCUGCUAAAGACUGAGAAAUCGGAAAAGUCGAGUCUGGAAAAGUCUGACAUUGUCGAAUAGACCCUCAACCACAAAAAGAGUGAUUGAUUCCAGGUACUUUUAUAAUAAGUUACUUACUAACUUACUAAUAAUAUACAUUAAUAUCAAAGCUAAUAAGAUCUCAGCACCUUUAGAAACAGCCCCAAGACCGUUGGAAAAUCCUCCCAGGUACCUCAGGAAGCUGAUUAAGAAAACACCAAAUGUGUACAAACUGCUCAUCAAAAUCUAAAAUAGAAAACACUUUGUUCACUACACAGUUUUUCCUUCAUGGUUUGGAUGCUUUCUGUAUUAAUCCACAAUGUAAAAAAAAAAAAAAAAAAAACGUGAGGAAGAACUAUUUUGCUGAUUGUAUAUUAUACUAGAGGUCUACUAUUCUGCUGGUUUUAGGUGCAACAAUUGUCCAAACACACCUGAAUCAAAUGAAUGGCUCAUUAUCAAGUCACUGCCAAAUGUGAUGACAUGCUUAACAGGUAAUUUAAAAAUUCGAUUUAGGUGUUUGAGCAGCGUUGCAUUUAAAAAAUACCGGAUGGUCGACCUCAAGGACCAUCAACUAUGGAAAAGAAAUCAAACAGAUACUUCUUGCUCUUUUACUAUUUGUUCUUUUAGUGGUUCAACAUUAACUCAGAGCAACCUGUGAUAUAAAAGCAUCAUCGAACUUGGUGUGUUUGCAGUUUACUUUUGACAUUUCUCUCACAAGAACAUUAAAAGUUAACACAAAUGCCAAAAAUGUUUAGUGAAUUAUGCAACUGUUGCAUCCUUGCCAGAAUGGAGGGUUUUUGCUUUCAUUUAUUUUGGGGUGAAUGCUGGGCUGAAGAGAAAAUGAGGCACAUCUUAAAUGUGUUUUUGGAGGGAGUUUGUCUUGUUUUGUGUUAAAACUAGCCAUGAAAUGGGCUUUUUCUUUGUGUUUUGGAUUUUGCAGAUCUGGGUCAUUUUCCCCUUCCACUGAUUUGUUCCUCCAUUUUGUAUGGUUUCCUGUUUUCUGCCUGUAAACAAAUUCUUUUGUACUCGUGCACCUUUACAUCUCAGUUUAUUUCUAUGGGUAUUUUAAAAAAUUGUGGAGGUAACUAGUCAUAAAAAUAUUUCACAGCAUAUUUUUAUAACAAUUUGUUUUAUUUCCCAUUUUACUGAAUUUGAUUCUGACCCGCAGUUGGUCAAGGUAAUGCCAAUAAAAUACGGAAAAUAAAGACCAAAAUAAUUAUGAUUAACGGUGGAUAUUUUCCCUAUUAAAGUCAUAAAAUAUAUUCUUCUUAUAUUAGACCAUAGGAAGAUUUUUGAAAAAGUUACCAAAGUUAAUACAGGAACAAAAUAUCACCCCAGAGGAUAUGAAUGCACAUGGUUGGUAUGAUGCAUCUCAUGGCAGAGAUAACAUGUAACCCAGAAAAUAUAAACAAACAAAACUACUAAGCAAAAAAAAAGGGGAAAAUGACCGGUGCCUGGCUCAGCUGCUAAAAAAAUGUGUCCAAAAAUAUUUUGAUUUUGUGGCCUUUCCUCUAUUGCUUGGAAAAGGGCCACAUCUAAAAUCAUUACAAAAACUCUUGUUGGAUGUUGAAGAAAAAGUAUUGUAUGAAAGAUUUUAGUGAUAUAUUGUGGUCUGUUUGACUGUUUUUUUUUCUGUCUUUAUCCACAUAUUUUGUUAUUUUUUAAAAUGACUAUUUUCUCCAUAUUUGUUCAAAUAUUUGGAGCCUCAAAACUGAUUAAACUGAGUUGGCUAUUGAAUUAAGAAAGAGAUUACACAAACGUGAUAAUUUGUAUGUUUGCUUUUGGCUUUAGACCUUUUUAUCUGCCUUAACCUAUCAUAUUUACAGUUCUUAUGUAUAAAAUAGAAAUUAGUCUUGUAUUAUAAUUAAAAUUAUACUAUUCAAUUAUAGUAGAAGAAUGACUUCUAUUACAAUAAAAUAUAUUUAGAAUUAAAUCAGUUAAAAGGCAAAAUUAGACAUAUUAAAAUUACUUUAAUACUACAUAAUGUAGAUUAAAAGGUAAAGAAAUAUGCUAAUAAAUUUGAUUUCACAUCAUUUAGAAUCACAAUCAAAAUUUGCUAAUAAUAAUACAUGUAAUUUCUGUUGUAAUUCCCCGAUGAUUGGUAGAAAACAACCUAAAGUUAGGUAAAUAGCGAAAUAAUAAAAACAAAGCCUUAGUUUUAAUGUGAUUGUGCACUUAAAUCUAGCUGAACACUCCUGAAUGUCAGCAUUGGUAAAUGCUAAUUUUGUUCAUUAGCUUGUUAGCUGAAAUAUUGCCAGCAAUGCUAAUGUUAGCACUGCAGCAGUCCAGAAGGAUACAUCUGGACAGUACUUGUAGUAUUUUAAAAGCUUUUUAUACUUUUAUGUUUUGUCAUUAAUUAGCUAGGACAAAAUGAGACACUUUCAUACUUUUUAAUAGGCCUGACCAACCUCAAAAUGCAUGGCGGCAUGAUUUGGGGGAUCAUGCUCAAAAAGAGAGAACAGAUUUAGUUUUGUCAGCUUUGGAGCUCCUUUGACAACUACAUUUUUUUUGUCUUUUUUUUUAAACAUAAGAAUCUUUGAUUGGCUGCUUUAAGAUUGUAUAUCUCAUCCAAACCCCUCAUUGCCUCUCAGCCAAUACCAUCAUAUUUAAAUCUAUAUAUACCUUCAAGUGUAUUUCCAGCACUUAUUGCUACCAUAGCAUUGAGAAAUCAUGAAAUGUAUUAUUAAUUGCUGAUUCUCUGCUCUAUAAUGUUAACAGUACAAUAUGUAUUGGGUGAUUCUGGUAUUCACAACCCAUGUGUAGACAGUAGUUGUCCCAUUCAGCUAUAAUAACACAAAAACCGUACAAGGACAUUAGAGUCUAGAGGUGCUAAAGACAGUAGCGUGUAUGUUUUUGUUUCUUUUAUUGUAAUAUUGACAAGUGUUAACUGUCUGUAACACAGUAGAGCAUUAUGAAAUCAUUUCAAUAUUAAACAAUAUAGAUAUUAUCUGCAA